AAAUAAAUGCACCAUAUUUCACGAUUAGCGCAGAUUUUGGAUUUUCUUGAUUGAUUUCUUGGAAACCCUUUUGGCUUCUCAGUGCAUUGGAGCCCUUGCAAUUUGUAGGAAAAAGAAUUCUAAGACCAGUGUAGAACUGUCAUUUUGUUUGUGAACAUGGACCAACAGAGUCAAAGGACCAGUUCUUUAUCUCCUGGAGACCUUCCCAUGAAGCGGAAACGUGGUCGUCCACGUAAGGAUGAAAAUCCGGUGCUGGGGAAGAAGAGCCCUGUGACGCCAGGAUCUGACAGCGUGAGGAAAAACAAAGAAAGUGCGGGUACAAGUGAUGAUGUUAAUCUUGACAUGGUGGGUCAGGUGGUUACUGGUGUCAUUGAAGGUUCAUUUGAUGCUGGAUAUCUUCUUAAUGUUAAGGUAGGCGACACCGAUACUCAAAUGAGGGGUGUUGUAUUUCUUCCGGGGCUGUUCACUCCAAUUACUGCAGCAAAUGAUGUGGCUCCACAUGCUAAGAUGCACACCAGAAAAGAGAUUCCAAUCCCAGUUCUCAACCCACAAACUCAGUUCCAUAAUUCUGUUCCCCUAUCAGGACAAAGUGGUAAGCAACCUAAUGAGCAUAAAACCCUUGCACCUGAACUUUCAGAUCAACUUAUAUCCUCUGAGAUACAGACUGCACUGCGAAAUGCUCUUGAGAACCAAUCUGCCUCUGUUGUUGUCCCUCCAGCUGUCAAGUUGCCAAAGAAUGAUACAGGUCUUUCCUUGGGAGGAAAUGAAGCGCCACAGCAAACUUUGGAGCCUGCACUUGAGACCCAAUCUGCUAUUAUUAUGGCACAGCCAGAUCAUGAUAAGAUUGUUGAACGCGAUGAGUUGUUGCAGGAAUGUGAAGCUUCCACACUGCUUAAAGGGCCUAAUCUUGAUACUGAGGCAGCUGAAGAAUCAAAGGCAGAACCAGCAUCUGAGCCAGUAGUUGUUGAUGCAGUGCCAGGCAUUGAGAUAGUUACUAAAGAGCUGAAAGUUCAGCAUCAGGAUGCAAGUCUCAACCUUGACCCGAACGAAUUGGUUCAUGAUGAAGCAAAGAACCAAAGUCUUGAACUCAACCAAACCCCUGUAUUUGCCGAACCCGAACUUGAACCCAAACCUGAACCUGAAACCGAACCCAUUUCUUCAGAACAGAUUAAUAACCCUGUGGACACUCUGAUGGAAGAUCAGGCUUCACCAAAGGAAGAUAUAGCACAAGCUUCACUGUUGGAGCUUCGGCUUUUAAAUGGAACGCCUGCAAGUGAUCCUGCUGACACUACUGAGUUGGGCUCACACUCUACACCACAGACCAGCCAACUGCCAGUGAUUUUUGAGGGAGAGAUUAUUCCAUCCGAGUCCAAGCUCGUUUCAGGAAUGAUUGAGCCUCAGAUAACUAGUUCUGGUGCCACGAGUGAUCCUGCUGACACUACUGAGUUGGGCUCACACUCUACACCACAGACCAGCCAACUGCCAGUGAUUUCUGAGGGAGAGAUUAUUCCAUCAGAGUCCAAGCUUGUUUCAGGAAUGAUUGAGCCCCAGAUAUCUAGCUCUGGUGCCACGAGUGAUAUGGAAUAUGGUAUCAAAGAUGUCAUUCCUUCUACACAAUCUUAGAGCCUUCCUAUAGGAUCUGAGAAUUGUUCGUGAAAUUUAACAUAGGAAAAAAGACAUGACGGUAGAUUCAAGGCUUGAGAAUAAAUAGGUAGUAGUCCCUUGAUGGUUUUGUUUUAUCAUUCUACUUUGCACUGUUACUUUUGACCUUUUCCAAAUUACUUAUUUAAAAAAAAAAAAUUGAUGUUGA